AUGUUGUUCGGUGAUCUCUAUGUUGACCAGCUGAAAGGGGUUCAGCAAUAUGGGGCCGAUUUCCACACCGUGAACACGGUCGGCGAGACCCUGCUGCACCUGGCUGCUAGGAUACCCUGGCAUGACGAUACAGAUGCCAACGGGUUUAGCUUUGACGUGAUUCUUUCCGGAAACCAUGGAGACUAUAGUGUCGCCGCAUUCAAAUGCCUGAUGGACAUGGGCUUAGAUCCUUUCCAGGAAGACUAUGAUCAGAGAACGCCUUUGGUUGUGACUGCCGCCGCCUAUAGUAAGGAUGAGAUUGUUGCACUUUUUCGGACGAAGUCAGGAGAAGUAGAUAUAUGCCCUGGCAUUUCUACAUAA